UGCAAAUCCACAGUUUAUUACAGGAUAUAAAGGAUACACAGUAUUAGCAAGGGCAUUGAAUGUAAGGAUGUACACAGCCGCAAAGGGUCCGUGAGUCCAGGUGAAAGCACCUAUUGUUACCCCCUUGUACCCCUCAGCCCCCAAGGUCCUGGGCAGGACACACUUUGUCAAAUCAGGAACCACUGAUGUAUGCAGGGAACACCUUGGAGACAGAAUCCAAAAUGGAGUGUCAGCUGGGGAUUUUUAUAUUCUGCUGGUCACAGAGACAUCUUCCUGCUAAGUAACCAGCCUCAACAGCAGAGCCCUCCAGGAGUCUCACUGACACCAGGUCAGCCAUACCUUUGGGCUCGGCUAGAUAGAAAACCUAACAAACUAGCUGAGAAAAAAUUUAAAAAUUAUCUACAAUCAAAACAAAACUCAAAAGAAUUUUUUUGGAAUGUUGAGGAGGACUUCAAACCUGUUCCAGAGUGCUGGAUACCAGCGAAGGAAAUAGAACAAUUAAAUGGGAAUCCAAUGCCUGAUGAAAAUGGACACAUUCCUGGUUGGGUACCAGUGGAGAAACACAACAAACAGUACUGUUGGCAUUCCUCUGUAGUUAAUUAUGAAUUCGAAGUUGCCCUGAUACUGCAGCAGCAUCCUGAUGAUCCUGGGCUUCUGGAAAUUAGUGCAGUGCCGCUCUCAGAUCUCCUAGAGCAAACACUAGAACUUAUAGGAACAAAUAUUAAUGGAAACCCGUAUGGGCUAGGAAGCAAGAAGUAUCCAUUACAUCUUCUUAUACCACAUGGGGCAUUUCAAAUCAGAAAUCUACCUACCUUGAAGCACAACGAUCUGUUAUCCUGGUUUGAAGGUUGCAGAGAGGGUAAAAUUGAAGGAAUAGUAUGGCAUUGUAACGAUGGCUGUUUAAUCAAGGUUCAUCGCCAUCAUCUUGGUUUAUGCUGGCCAAUACCAGAUACUUAUAUGAAUUCAAAACCAGUUAUCAUCAACAUGAACCCGAACAAGUAUGACCAUGCCUUUGAUACUAAGUGUUUGUUUAGUCUCUUUUCAAAAAUAGAUAAUCAGAAAUUUGGUAGACUCAAAGAUAUAAUACUUGAUGUAUAAACUAGAAAUGCAAUUUAGAACCAGCUUUACUGUUAUCUUUGAAUCUUGAAUAUUCUACCACAUGUCGAAGGUAAAAAAAAUCUCAAGGUUCCAUGUCUAAUAGAGCAAUAUGUCUUCUGGCAUUUGAAGACAUGAAUUUCCCAGUUGCAAAGGUCUAUUCAAAAUUUUAUUUAGAACCAGCAAAUGAAUUUCAACCACUAGACUUAAAAAUGUAAUGUAAUAAUAAGCUCCCUACCUUGUACAAAAGUUGGAUAAAGACAGCAGUUAAACCAACAGUUCUGGAUCAGUAACUUUAAAAAUUAAAUAGUUCAAGAUGAAUUUAUUCUAAACACUUAAUAAAACAUAUGGCUGUAAUCUCAUAACAUGUUUAUGUACAUGUACAUAUAUAUAAAACUUGAGUCUUAA